AUUCUGAAACACGCAUUGCUCUGGUCCGUAAAGGAAGGCAGGGACUACAGAUUUUCUCGGUUUUUAAGACACCUGCCAGCAUGGCAACUCAUCUAAGUGUAUGCCAGUUAAAGUACAGAAGUGUCAGUGAAAACACGGAGAAAAACUUUGAAGCGAGCUUCAAGCUCGACUGAAGUACGGGAUGUUAAAAGCCUCUGAGGCCAUCGUAAAAGCCGAGAACUUUGGCCCGAAAACGGAAGAAAAAGAAGAAAACAUGCCUUCAUUACAAAGCACCGACAUUGUACCCAACAAGCGAUAUUGCAUAUCGCUGGGUCCCCGGCCUCAGUGGUGUUCCGAUGUGCCCCACGCCGUCUUCGUGUCCAAUGUGGCAGAGGGCAACGGCGUGGGGGUUUUAAAAGCGCCCCCUGUCAACGCCAAAGUCGUGUUCCGGGAAGGUCCGGACCACUUGGCGCCGGUACAAGUUGCCUCGAACUUGUGCUUCAACGUUCACCUGACUGACAACCUGAACGUCACAUGGGAGACCGUGUACGUGGAUGGCCGACUCUACGUAGAGAUUCCAAACGGUAUCCUCCCGGAAGGCUCCAAGGAAAGCUUUGUUACUCUGUUGGAGUAUGCUGAGGAAAAGCUUAAGUGCAGUCAUGUGAUCGUUUGCUUCAAGAAGAACCGAAGUGAUCGUGCGUCACUGGUCCGGACUUUCAUGUUCCUUGGUUUAGUUGUGGUACCUCCUGGAGAUGCGCUGGUCCCUCAGAUUGGAGACGUCAUGUUCAUGUCUUAUGCCAUAGACCUGGACUCCGACACAGAAGGUUAGGACUGCGGAACAGGAGAUGAACGCCUAGGAAAGACCACCAUCAAACCAAUGCAACAGGAUUUUGGCCCUUGAUUAAACAAAAACAAUGUGAGAAAAAAUAAUGGAAAAAAAAAAACUUUUUUUUUUUUUUUUUGGGGUGAUUGAGGUUUUUCACAUCAGCUGGUGCACUUUAUCCUGAACAAAGGUUUUACUUAUGUAUUGUACACUGAUCAACAGACUUCUAUGUAACAUGUAUAGCUUAUUUUAUGGAGUUCUUCUACAUUACUAGAGUUUUGUUCUGCAGCCAUGUUGCAGAAAUGUUUAUUUGAGAUUUUAUCUUUGUUGCCAGGAUUAGGCUAUCAGCAUUGUUUAAGCAUUUACACAAAUUGUGAUCAACAUCAGAAUAUUUUUGUAAUUAUUAUUAUUAUUUUUUUUUUGUAUCCUUCUAAAUGUAGCACUACUCCUUAAAAUUUUUUUUUUUUUCAUCAAGUAUGUUUCUGGUAUCCUGUUUGUUAGUACAGACCUUGCAGGUAGUGUAGUGUCUCUUGGGGAACUUGCAAAGACCGGAGCCCAUUGAUUUUUAUAUUUUGUCUGCAGGACAGGGUGAAGUUGUCAGGAGGUAUGGGAUUUAGAGAGGUCUGGUAGAAGACCCGGGGAAGAUGCAUACUGCUAACAGUAGUUCAGCAAAGUAAUGGGGCAGUGAGUUGCCCAAGUGGGAUGCUGUUCAUUUUCAAUGUUGUCAGCACAAAAAGGUGUGAAAAUGAGAAGGGUUCACAGUUUACAGAAAUCAUGAUACCCUAAAUGGGGUAACAGAAAGGUUCAGAGAUCAUUUGGGGACCUUGAGAAUCCUAGAGAAGCCCAAAGUGAGGGGUCUGGAGCGGAUGCCUCUGCCCUACAUGGGUGCCAUCCAGGGAUGAGUUUGGAGCUCAAGGCGGUUGGAGUCUUGGUGUGGAUCCAUGAAACUCGGGGUGGUUUUGUGAGGAGAAUCCAUUGACCCCAUUGGAUGGGCUAAUUGGAGAAUUCAGUAGGUCACAGCGUAUCUGUUACAGUGAGAACUUUAAAUUUGGACAGUUGCCUAGCAUGAAGCUAGUUGUGUGUGUCCUUGCACAGAGAGACAAAAGAUGAACGCAGAUGUUUUAGAUCAAAAUAUCCAGGUUGAAAAACAUUUCUUGACUACGAUUUUAUUGGAACAGCCCAAAUGAAUUGAAUGGAUGGCAUGCUUAAAUUUUGUGGGUGGAGUCGAGCUUAUCCUAUAUACAAAAAACUGUUCACCUUUGGAAAGGUUUCAAUGAUUGUUGAGGACUUUGUGAAUGUGAGCAGUUUGUCUGUAGUAGCUUGGGUUGCUGAGGUAGUAACCUAACGGAAAAGCUUUUGGCCCACAAAAAAGUAUCUCAGUCUAGUGUUCACCCCUUGAUAGCAGUGGGGUGAGGUGGCAAUGUGUGGGGUUGGGGGAACUCCACACAAAAACACAAGCCUUGUUUUGGGGAGUCCAGUAGAGAAAGUCUGUUAGGUGGAAAAAGAUGCUCAGUAUUAAGAUCCUAAAACCUUAAAGGGUUGAGAAAGGUUCAGAGAUCAUUUGGGGACCUUAAGGAGAAUUCUAGGGAAGCUCUAAGUGAGGGGUAUGGGGCGGAUGCCUCUGCCCUACAUGGGUGCCAUCCAGGGAAGAGUUUGGGAACAUGGAGCACAAGGCGGUUGGAGCCUUGGUGUGGAUCCAUGAAACUCGGAUGGUUUGCGGAGAGGAUCCAUUGACCCCAUUGGAAGGGCUAAGUGAAGAAUUCAGUAGGCCAUGGAAGAUCUGUUAUAGUGAGAACCUUAAAGUUGGACAGGAUCAUUCGUGUAGCGUUAAGCUGGCUGUUGCUAUCCUUUGGCUUCUGGCAAAGAUCUAAAUGGCCAUAUUGCGUAAUGUUUGUGAAACGCAUAACGUAUCAAGAACAGACAUUGGCUUAUGUGUAUAGAAAAUUCCUUUGAUAGUAAUACAGUGGGGGUGCUGAAAAGUUGUGGGUGUUGCACGACCGAUCCUCUAUACAGAAGAUUAUACAUAUUUGCAGGGUGUGUGAACUGCUAUUUUACAAGGUCUUGCCGACUGAUAUAACGGAUCAGUAGAGCUGGUCUGUUAUCGGUUUUGAUAUAUGCCUCUGCAAAUGUGUCUUGUUUGUCUGUAGCAUGGAUUCCUUCCUUGGCAAUCUGUGAUGGACAAAGUUGUUUAACCCACAUGAGGUAGCGCCCAGUACACGGUUACCCCGAUAGGUGGGGGUAUUUUUGAGGGUGGGGGGUCCCCAGAAACCUACAUGCUGAUCAAAGUUGCCUUUUUACAGCUCAAGGCAGAAAUGCUGCACUCAUAAGUAACAGUGGAAUGCAGUAUAAAGAAAUCGUGAAACCCAUGAUGGGUUUGGAGAUCAAUUAUUAAAGAGAAUCCUAGGGAUGUGAGGGAUGUGAAGAGAAUGCCGCUGCCCAACAUGGGUGCCAUCCAGAGAGGAGUUUGGAACAUGGAGUACAAGGCGGUUUGAGUCUUUGUGUGAAUCCAUGAAACUCAAGGGUGGUUUUCCGAAGAGGAUCCAUUGGAACUGACUGGCAUCGUAAUUGCGGUUUCACAAAAAGGCUGAACCUCGCCCUAUUUGGUAUAAGGCACUUAACCAGUUAUUUGGGAAUAAUCUUGCAAUGUCAAAGCCAAGUUGUGUAUUUUAGGCUGAAAAGGGUUGAUUCGUUAAUAAGUAAUCAUGAUCGGACUUGAUUAAAUCCUGAUGUGAUAUAUUUUCUAUAUGCUCGAAAACUAAGGGAUUUCUGGUAACUGAAAUAGCCAUCAUUUGUACAUGAAGGUUGUUCACAUUUGUUGUUUGAGAUUUCAAUGGUCCUGGGAUUAAUAUAUUUUCGAUCUUCUCCAUGUUCGAAGUAGACUGCAUAUCAAUUCUGAUAUAUCCAAACUCCACAACUAGGGUCACAACUACCUUCAAAGCAGUGAAGAAUUUUUCCCUGAACCAGUUCAUGGGUAGUUGCGGCCCUCUGCAUCAGAUUUGUGUUCAGGUGGCUUCAAGUAGCAUGGGUUAUCUCCCUAUCAUUUUAUCCAUUAAACAAAUGUGAAUUGCCUGUCUGUAGAAGGAAUUGUAACCUUUAUGAUUGGCUCUGUACCAGUCUCGCUUGACUGGCAAUAUUUACUCUGAGCCUUCGCAGAUGGUCAUUGUUGUUGAAGAUGUCAUAGAUCCAUUACGGGCCCAACAUUGUGGGAUUCCCCUUUUACCUACUGCUCGGUCUGGCAUGCACAUCACAACUGUAUACAUGUGCAUGCAUAUCAUCAGGGUUUGUAUGUUGUUGAACACUACUUUGUCAAUAUUUUCGUUGCUGUGGUUCACUUUUCUGACGGGUGUUGCCGGUAAACAACGAGCAGCAAAAACGAAUGUGUGCUGUUACACUUACGUCUACUGCCUGUGAAAUAGUCGCUUGUACAUAGCCUUGUUAAUCUGUUGCCGCUAUUCUUUCGGUCCGCGUAGCUAUGUUACUCGGUGAAAUGAAUCCAACGUGAAACGGAAAUUACGCUGUUUAAAUUGGGUAUGCCACCGUGGCCUGCGACAGAGCAAUGGCGAAGUGGCAAAGCCUGCGUGACAUGCUUAAAUUUACAGAUUUCGUGAUAGUGAAUUACGCUCUGACAACAGAGCUUUACUGGUAUAACAAAUGUUUUAUUUAUGAAACUAAUCUGGGCGGGAAAAAAUUAGUUCAACUUCCACCACAUUGAAUUGAAUCAGAUUAUCGUUGAAGUCAUGGAGGUAAAGUAUCGAUUCGCAGUCUGAUAGGCUUUUUGUGAAAGGACAAAAGUAUGAAAGAGUUGAAUAAAUGGAAACGCCAAAAGCCUUUUCACUGUUAGUGUCGCCUGAUGCGGAAACAUUUCCAGUGGACCUUUUUAACUUUGGUCCCAAGCAGUGGUGCUCAGUCGUCAUUAGAGAAGUGGAAGAUGUCCUCACCAAAAUUCCGGGCGUGUGGAGGCUUUGAUCAGUCGUUGUUUUGGAGAAAAUUCUGGCGUGCAGCUAGGGUCGCCGUCACACCUGGUCCCUGAAGGUGUGGUCAAGGUGGCCAGUGUACAUGAGGGCGGGCCGGCAGUGCCCUCCCGCCUCUGCCUGUAGGUGGCUGUACGCCAGCUCUCUUGUAAUGUCCUCGGAUCGGGGGAGAGGCCCAACGACUGUGACGGCACUCGCACCCCGGGACAGUCUCCUGAUUUCCUCAGAGACUGUUUCUUUUCACCUCUUAAGUCGCGUCGUACACGGUAUAGGUCGUUAUUUGUAUUCGCGAGAACCCAUCACUGUUGGGUGUAGUCUUUCUAUCAAGGGUUUUUCUUGGCAUAUCCUGCGUCCUGUGCGUGGGCAAAGGCACCAGAGGCUGCGGGAUGAGUGUCGCACCAGAGAUGUGACGCAUCAGUGAGCUGCGUGGUGCCAACGGGCCAAGAGCCUUGGGGCGCCACCUAGCUGAAAAUAUAUCGUCUGCUACCCUGGUGCAGUUGUGGCAUGCAGAUUUCGACGUGAUAGUGCAAACGUCAAGUAGAACCCGCGCGCAAUUAUUUCGCGUUUGAAUUAUCUCCCUUUGUGAAGAGCUCUCGUUUACUGUAGGCGGACUAGGCAACAGGCACCAGAUAUAUAAGGAGAGAAAAGCGUCAUCUGGAUCGCUGAAAAAGUGGUUUUAGAUUGAAGUAUGUACAAAAAAAAAAAAAAUACGACUGACAAAGCUAUGUACGUAAAUUACUAUUAACGGCAGAUGUAAAGACUAGGCUGAUGCUUUUGUUAGUCAAUGAGCCCCUUCUCAGAUGCUCAUUGUGUAAACCUGGUAUUUCAAAGAAUUGAUGUCUCCGUAACGCGUGAAGUAACCUGAGCUUAAAGUCUCUCGUAUUAGGGACGUUUGACGAUCAAAUUUCACGGUCGAUGUUGUGCACCAGCUGAUGGUAGAAAUGUGUUAAUUUGGUUAUUUUUAUUGUGAGUUUGCCCUCUACACAUUGGACAGCCGCACUGGCAAACCAAAUACAUAUUAAACCAAUGAAAAUGUAAAAAAAAAAAAUAGCAAAAAAGAAAGGAAAAAAAAAAAGUCGCUGCUUUGUACUGAAGGCAUGGUUUUCCAACCUCCUUGUCUGUGAAGCAGACAUUUCUCUGUGUAGUUACUUGUGUACUUGUAAUUUGUUAGAACAAUUAUGAUUAUUCACCUUUUUCUGUUUGAACUUUACUUUUGAUCUAAACAUUGGUACUAUUCAUUCCGAUUUACCGUUCCAACUUGAAUAUUCGUCUGUUACGUCUUAAAUUUGGUUCAGGGGUUUCCUGAUUGUUUUUGAAUCAAAAUAGUUUAGCAUUAUUAUUUUUUUUUUCAUAUUUUGGAAGUUUUUAGACCUAAUAUUUCCAGUCCACUGUGUUUACUGUUCUACAGGUUAAUAGAACAGUAUCUUGAACAAUAUCUUGCAGUUCAUUAGUGGAAGCUUUACUGACCUGCUAUUUUUGUUAGACCAGUGAUCUCUCCCUCAUUUGACUAUUUGUAACUGAAUAGCCUUUUUUGUCUACCAAUAAUGUUUUGUUCAGUCUUCACAUUUAGUUGAACUUUCCUUCGAUGUAACCUCAAUUUAAUGUAAUUCCUUCGUAAGCACUUUAGCUCUGUCUGAAAUAAAAUCUGGAAAAAGCGUA